GAUUGGGACGUUAAAUGAACGGUGCUGUCAGCCUUGGUCAAAACCAGAGCAGGACUAUACAGCAUCGGUUAAUAUGAAUGAGGGUGGACAGUAUGGAUAUGUCCAUUCGUUUGGAGCAAAAACAGGAUAUUGUAAGCUUGAAUAGAAGUGCGGAUUGCUUGGUGGACUACUACAGCCAAUACAAUUAACCACUUGUUAGUUGGACUUAUUUGACAUCUUCGUCAUCGAGGAAGGAGAAACAGUUAUAUUUUCAUGGUUUUUUUUUUCUGCUCACUGCCUGGCGUCGGAAAAAAAAAUCUCGGAAAAUCCUGGUUGGAUAUUCUUGUAAGCUAAAUUCUUCGAUCCCAUGAUUGGAGUUUAGGCAAGCUAUUCCGAGAUGGACAGCAUUGGGAAUACGAUGCAGAAGAAAGCAGCCGAGCUGGAGCGCAUGGCCGAGGUGCUGGUUACCGGAGAGCAAUUGAGACUGCGACUCCAUGAGGCCAAAGUAAUCAAAGAUAGAAGGCACCACCUGCGGACCUACCCAAACUGCUUUGUGGCCAAGGAGCUCAUUGAUUGGCUGAUCGAGCAUAAGGAGGCGUCUGACAGAGAAACCGCUAUCAAGAUUAUGCAGAAACUUCUGGACCAGAGCAUCAUCCAUCACGUUUGUGACGAACACAAAGAGUUCAAAGACAUGAAGUUGUUUUACCGAUUCCGGAAGGAUGAUGGAACGUUUCCUCUGGACAACGAGGCCAAGGUGUUCAUGAGAGGUCAACGUGUGUAUGAGAAGCUGAUGAACUCCGACAGUAACCUGCUACAGACGCGGGAGGAAGAGGGCGUGACCUUCGAACGGACGCUGGUGGCGUCGGAGUUCAUCGAUUGGCUGUUGCAGGAAGGGGAGAUGGCCACCAGAGAGGAGGCGGAGCAGCUGGGGCGGAGACUGCUGGAGCACGGAAUCAUUCAGCACGUCACCAACAAACACCAUUUUGUGGACGGAGGAUUGCUGUACCAGUUCAGAAUGAAUUUCCGUCGCCGGCGCCGACUGAUGGAGCUACUGAGCGAGCGCUGUCGGAGCAUCCCGGAGAGUCACGAUAGUCCGUUCUGUCUCCGCAAACAGAACCAGGAAGGAGGGAACACCAGCUUCCUCUCAGUCAGUCCCACUAAAGAGAUAAAGGUCGUGUCUGCGGUGAGACGCAGUAGCAUGAGCAGCAGCUGUGGGAGCAGCGGUUACUAUAGCAGCAGCCCCACUCUCAGCAGCAGCCCCCCAGUGCUCUGCAACCCCAAGUCUGUACUGAAGAGACAAGUGAGCCCAGAGGAGCUGCAGACACCAGGGGGACCGUACAUAAAGAAGACAUUCACAAUCUUGGGCGAUGCAGUGGGUUGGGGUUUUGUGGUGAGGGGAAGUAAACCCUGUCACAUUCAGGCUGUAGACCCCAGUGGCCCCGCAGCUGCAGCUGGAAUGAAGGUCUGCCAGUUUGUGGUAUCGGUGAACGGGCUGAAUGUGCUGAAUUUGGACUACAGGACGGUCAGCAACCUCAUCCUGACUGGACCCAGAACUAUCGUAAUGGAAGUCAUGGAAGAAAUCGAUUACUGAAGAUGACCGACCAACUGAACGACUGCUCUCUUUCCCUCCAAAGACACGGGAACACGCUCCGAACCAUCAAACGGAAUAUUCCGGAAGCAAGAGAGAGAGAGAGACCAUUGUCUGUCACGCCUGCACCUCAGCAUCGUCAUCGUCAUUGCUAUGUGUGUUGAUCACAACUAUUCUCUGUUUAAACUGAAAGGAAAGAGAUGGGUCGCGAAAAAAAGUCUUGUCUCUUUAAAAAAAAAAAAAAAAAAAAACCUUGGUGCCUCUCGAUAACCUCGCCAACAACUGUUACUGCCCACAGAGGAAAAGAGAGGAGUGGAAAAGGGACAAAGAGGAGAUGGAGAAGUUCUAUUGUUAAAUAAAAGGCAACGGCUGUGUGUCUUUUGUGUAGCAAACAUUGUACAGAAAACUGUCACAGAGAACACUUUUCAUGUUUUCAGACAAUAGUCAGGGGGCCAAAGGCAUUAGCGACACGAAAAACGUCCAAAAAAAAAAAAAAAAAAAGAACUUUGUUCUAUUCUGGCAGCUUGGCAUCGAUUCAUUCUGUGUCGUUAUUGCUUUGUGCCAAUCGGAUGACUACAAAGUGCCAUUUUCCGCACAGUGUGUUAAAGAGCAUAGGUGGGCCGGGCACUGGAUGAUGUGUGUAGGUGUUUAAUUACGCGUGCCAGGCAUUUGUGCCUGUGUGUGUGCGUAACGGCUGUUUUUCAGAAGGAUGGAAAUGUCAAGAGGUCGAAUAUGGACUCAGCGACACUGUUAGUUCCUUUUCAAGCAAGGACAUCGCAUGUUCCCCCAUUGUCCAUGCGGGACAGAAGUAUAUCAGCUAGUGAAUAAUUUAUUCACAUAACCAUAUAUGUAUUUCCCAACAACAAAGCACUAAUAGAUUCUAUAGUUGUUCUAUAGUGAAGCCGUUGCUAAGCUGUGAGGUUCUCGCAUUUUUAUUAAUCUUUUAUCUCAGUGAUGGACUACAGCUGCGCCUUGUCAGUACCUCUAAUGGUAACAGGAAAGCAAUCAAAUAAUCCUCUGUAUAAUGUGAAUUGCAUUGAGGAAAAUAUCGGGUGUUGAUAUUGUCUUUGUGUCAAAGCCCAGCAGCCCAUUAAACGGCGAGAAUUAUUGUUAGAUCACUCAUAUAUUUACAAAAAGAUGUGUUAUUACCGUAAAAAGAAAGGGGGCAGGAACUUAUCAUUUAGUUUACACCAAAGCGUACAAUGAGAUAAUAAAUGUAGAAUUUGAACUCCGAGACACGUUCCGUUAGAUACAUCAAAAAGAUACUGAAAAGACGUCUGGCGUUUUUUAGAACAUAGUUGUGUUAUGGAAACAUGCAUGCUGGAAUGUAACUAGUUAGCUUGUUUGUGCUUACAAUCCAGUUAUCUGUUAUGGUCACGAUAGCACUGAUUUGUUUCUUCAGUGUGUACGGUAUGAACGUAUGACGGCAGGACAUCGAUUAUACCGCGGACUGUACGUAUUCUUAAAGAAAUGGUACAUCUUUUCACCAUUAUGACCUUCACUGUCUGUAACAACAUUUUGUAUGGCUAAAAACAGUGAAUGCUCACGAGGCCUAGACUAGACGUCGCCUUUCACACCGAACUUGCCGUGUCAUCAUUUUCAUUGCCAUUGCACACCUAAGGUGACAUGAUAAAAUACACUGUAUGAAAGUUUAAUAUAGCGUAAUACCCCAUGUUUUGUCUAAAAUCUUAAUAUAUACCGAAGGUUGAAAAGACACCCACAUAAUCUUGCGUUUAGAUAAGAAUCUGAGUGAUUUGAGGUAAAAAUCCACAGGAAACGAUAUAAAUGUAGCGGGGACUUCGAUGUAGGGUGCAGUCUCUCAAAUCAACAUGGUAUGACAAGACUUGUUUGUCAGCGAUGAAACUUUGCUAUCACGGCCUGUGGCUCGCGUUUAAUCUCCAUCGACAGAUGCUAUUGCGGUGACAAUGGUGAAAAGAAGAAAAACUGAACCACAGUCGAUUUUAAGUGGCCAUUUGUGCGUGAAACCAUUCCUUAACUCUACAACGUAAAGUGUGCCAUGCUCUGUGAAAAAUGUAGUAUUCUUAAAAUUGUACUGAGAGAUGAUGAAAGGCUAACGGCGCGACAGAGUCCAUCAAAUGGGCCAACGGUCACAGUGCUAUGCACGAAGGUAAUAAACUUGAAUCAUUUUGCCUUAACAAGCUUUAUGUAGCUGCUAAUCCUCACCACCGGUGGUCACGUAAUAUAUUUUGCUAAUCCCAAGAAAUUAACUUUGCAUCUCUGUUUGAUCUUUAGGUUAAAACUAUGUGCUUAUUGUGUUGUGUAGUGAUGCUGACAAUCAACUGGGGUUUUUUGUUUGUUUGUCUGUUUGUUUGUUUGUCUGUCUGUUUGUUAUUCUCACAAACUCGGGAUACUGUUGCCACAACGAGAAGGUAGUCACGGCUUUUGACAGGUUACAGCUAUAUGCUAACAAUGCUGCGAUGCAACAGAAGAAUUAAUGCAGCAAUUAAGAGUUGCUUUGAGGAAAAUCUCCGCCAUCACCUCACGAUAUCGCAAUGUGUCUGCAUAUAGCACAUAAGAGUUUUAUAAUGGACUCUCCUUAUGAUUAUCGCGAUUUGUGGCAUCACGUUUAGAGUUAGUCUACCCCUUUGGUGUUUAGUUACGGAGCUUUCAAGUACUGUUUUGUUCAUUGUUGCCUAUGUGUUUUAUUAAAGGUGUAAGUUUUAUUUCA